AUGGGCUCGAAACCCCUGUUCUUCCGCGAGCUCACGCCGCGCUUGCUGCGCAUCUUCCUCUUCGCUUCGGUAAGUAUCCUCGUGAUCCUGGCUUUAACCAAGAUGAGGGCAUCACUCGCUAACGCCCUGAAUUGCAGAUUGGAGCAAUGGUAUGUUACUCUAGAAGCAGUCCGGAUACUCAAUUAUGCACGUAACUUCGGCUACGACAACAAUUGGUGGGCCGGUGUCAUCGGACAGCAGAGUUUCAUCAACGAUUACGGUCGAUACAACGGUCCGGGCCAGGAUCGCUCCCUUCCAUCCACCUGGCUCUCAGCAGCCAGUGGCACACCCAUCGCGGGAUGGAUCAUCGGUUGCGUCCUGGCCGGUUACCUGACGAGCACAUUCGGACGAAAGAUGACAAUCAUAACCAUAUGCGUGGUGGCGCUUAUUGGAAUGGUGAUCCAGGCUGCUGUCCUGAAUUAUUGGGUGUUGAUGGUUGGAAGACUUAUCAAUGCUUUCUCUAUGGGUAUGCCAAUCCAACUCGAUGACGACGAACAUGUAGAUGCUGAUAUACGUCUAAUAGGUAUUGAGGCAAAUUGUGUGCCUAUGUACAUGGCCGAACUUGCUCCUGCAUCAAUCCGUGGUGGCCUAGUCAACUUUUACCAAUCGUGGUUGUAUAUUGGUGCCGCUCUCGCAGCCAUCACUGUUUACGCUUCCUCCAUUACUCUGACAGGAACAUGGUCAUAUAGAACUGCCAUUGUGGCUCAGAUUGGUCCCCCUUGUAUGUUACUGGCUGCCAUCUGGUUCAUUCCCGAAUCACCUCGCUGGCUUCUCGGCAAGGGCAGAAAAGAGGAGGCCAUGAAAGCGUUGGCCUACAUGAGAGCAGGCGCUGCGACUGAAGAAGAGGUCGCCACUGAGCUGAAUCUGAUUGACUUGGCGAUGCAAGAGGAACGGGAGAACAACCUCGCUACGAGCUAUGCGGACUGCUUCAAAGGCACCAACCUACGCCGAACCAUCAUUGCCAUUGGCGUCCAAGUUCUGCAGCAAGCACAGGGCAACUCCUUCACGACCACGUAUCUCGUCAUCUUCCUUAAGCAAGUCGGCGUUAAGGAACCGCUCCUGAUCAAUGUUGCCAAGAUGUGUUGCAACUUUGGAGCAACUCUCCUCACCUUCUUCCUCACCGACAUGCUUGGUCGUCGGCCGAUGCUUAUGGGUGGUUCUUUCUUCAUGGCAGGCCUCAUGUGGACUGUGAGUGGCGUUUCAGCAUGGAGCCCAGGCGGCCCUUCCAAUACUGCUGCGCAAGGAGUUGUAGCUGCAAUUCUCCUUUAUGGAGCAUUUGCUGCCGCAUGCUGGGGCUCUGUGAUGUGGACUGUCACAACUACAAUGUUGGGCUUUGUGACCAGCCUUUUGAUCACCUACAUCAACCCAUUCGUCCAGAAUGAGCCUGGAUAUCUCGGUGCAAAGGUCGGCAUGAUUUACGGAAGCAUUUCGGUCCUUGCCUUGAUCUUCGUAUUCUUGGUGGUUCCAGAGAUGAGUGGUCGAAGUCUGGAAGAGUUGGAUGAGUUAUUUCGCGCCAAGGUCCCAGCUUGGAAGUCUAAGGACUAUGUCUGCACAGGAAUUGGCACCCAGAUUACUCACAUCCAGAAUAUUGAGGGAAAGAGAGUUAGUAUCGAUCGGGCACAGUCGGUUUCUAGAGAGGCUCAGGGAAAUGAUGUCAAAAAGUGA